CUCUCACUGGUUUUCCUGCCACAUCUUCUGUUAUUCAGCCUGUUUUUGAGCAUAGUCGAUGCUAUUGCGAUCUGGGUCUUUGCUGGUAAUAGAUGCCUUGUGCGAUCUGGACUUGAAGGAAUAUCUUCUUCCUGAUUGGAGAAUGGUUCAACGGUCCGCACGUGAGUACCUAUAAAAGAAAAGGAUCGCAUGGUUAAUCGUCAGUUGGUGAGCAGCAGGCGAAGAAACCGGACCUGAAAAAGAAGUCUCCAGCAUGGAAGAAUUACUUAAGCAGUUAAUUUCGAAAGCAGCAUCUUCUGGAGGUGAAGAUUGGCUAAGAAAAUGCUUACAAGACGAUGCAGCAGGAUCGCAAGUACAUCCGGAUAGGUCCUCUGCUAACUCGGUCUGCGCUGCCUUUCCCUUUAGGAGCGCAGAGCCGACAACGCGUGACGUCAUUCCAAUGCGACAUCAAGAAGUAGAAGUAUUUACACCUCAUCCAGUUCCAGCUAAAAGACCCAGGAAAGAAAAGAAAAGAUUUUCACCGUCUAGACAAUCUCCGAAACGCAGGAUUAAAUUAUCUGCUGCGCAACAAGGCACGAGAGCAUCCGACAAGCAUAGCAAGCGUUAUCAACAGCCACUACAGCCAACUGUCAACUUCACUGCAAGAUCUACAACUGUCAAGCCUGUGACAGCAACAGCGACUCGAGAUUCAUCUAAUGAUUUAAAGAUCGUAUGGAUCAUAGGAAACCAGCUUAUUUCUUUGGCACGUGAUCGUUCAACGAUGCGUUUUAAAUCCGAUAAUUUAGGUUUUGGCAAUAAAGUGGUUGUGUUUUGGAGAGGUUACAUGGCUGCAAGCUGCUCCUGCGGGAUGGGCUGUGGAUCAUGGGAUAUCCAGGGAACAAAUAAAUGUCACUGUCAAUGCGGGAACAUGGACUGGACCACCGCUGUCUGCUGCAGAAUCGCAUCCUAGAACAUUCAGACAACAGUGGACCCUCUAUGUGAAGAAGGCCGCAUGGGCUAAUAAUCUCAAACCUGAGGCCGAAAUACAGAGGGUCAAUGGAAGAUGAAAAUCGAGUUCAGAUCAUGGUGGUCACAGGUGGUGGGCUUGUCACUAUAUAUACUUUCUGAAUUCAAUAAACGCAAUGACCAACGUCGGUAUCUAUCGUCACAUUCAUACAUGGGGCACGCACAUCUAGAACAGUAAUAAAGCAUAACACUGAAAGGUGGAACAUGUAUGCCGGGUUACAUGGACCGUUCCCAUGUAGGGAUGAGGUGGAAGAAGCCAUGUCACCGAGGCUCGUCCGGAUCUGAGAAGGGGAUAAAGUCACAGAUCCGGAUUAGAGAUGAGAGAACCACUCGAGAUUUAGGUCAGAUUCGUUGAAUAUUUUAAAAAAUUCCGUUCGGACCUGAAUUGAUUUGGGCCAAACCAAAGUUUCUGCAGUUGUCCUGGAAGUUGGUCUCUAACCCCCUCGAGCCUCCUAGGGCUUUUUAGGAAAACUUGUUGUUCUUU